CCAAACUGUACUAGAGUACAAAUUUGGCAGCACUCGGAUGAACUGGUUCAAGCUUUUGUUCUUCCAAAACUGACUUUGUCAACCGUGCGGCUGGCUACAUUUUGAAGAAUUGACUGGGCCCUUUUACAGAAGUGUUGUCUUAAACACUUUGUAAUUUACUGGUAUAAUCCACGUUAACCAUCUUCGACCGACAGCUCCUCUUGUCGUUCACUACCGAUUUUGUCGUUGUUGUCCUUAUUUUUCCCCACUUUUUUCUUUGAAAACGGUUCUAGGUGACCAAGAUAGGAGGCUCGAGUGCUAAGAUGUCGAACCGAAUGGUGUGCAGAGAAGCAAGUCAUGCCGGCAGCUGGUACACGGCCUCAGGAUCCCAGCUGAACGCACAACUAGAGGGCUGGUUAUCUCAAGCACAAUGCACAGAUAAGCCUGCUAGAGCCAUCAUUGCACCACAUGCUGGAUAUACCUACUGCGGCGCUUGUGCAGCCCAUGCUUACAAACAGGUGGACCCCUCUAUCACCCGGAGGGUGUUCAUCCUGGGACCCUCGCACCACGUGCCGUUGUCCCGCUGCGCCCUCUCGCCUGCUGAAGUCUACAAAACUCCGCUGUACGACCUCAAGAUCGACCAGAAGGUUUAUGCCGACCUCUGGAAAACGGGGAUGUUCGAGCGGAUGAGCCUGCAGACGGACGAAGAUGAGCACAGCAUUGAGAUGCACCUGCCUUACACUGCUAAAGCCAUGGAGAGCCAUAAAGACGAGUUCAGCAUUGUCCCCGUGCUGGUGGGCGCCCUGAGCGAGACCAAAGAGCAGGAGUACGGGAAGCUGCUCAGCAAGUACCUGGCCGACCCCAGCAACCUCUUCAUUAUCUCAUCAGACUUCUGCCACUGGGGUCAACGGUUCCGGUACACAUACUACGAUGAAAGCCAAGGAGAGAUUUACAGAUCCAUUGAACACCUCGACAAAACGGGAAUGGGAAUCAUAGAACAGUUGGAUCCUAUGUCUUUUAGCAACUACUUGAAGAAGUACCACAACACUAUAUGUGGUCGCCAUCCUAUUGGAGUGCUUUUGCAUGCUGUGGCUGAACUGAAGAAGACUGGUAUGGACAUGAACUUCUCUUUCCUGAACUAUGCCCAGUCGAGCCAGUGCAGAAACUGGCAGGACAGCUCUGUGAGCUACGCUGCUGGGGCUCUCAUCGUUCAUUGAGGUCAACCUUCCCAGGGGCCAUUGCGGCUCCCAAAACCCCCGCCCCCCCCACCUUCCCCGUCGUAUCCCCACCGCCCCUGACCUGUCUCUGCAGUCAGGUGUGGAUAUCUCCCUUCCCAUUUCCCCCCUUUUUUUAGAAUGACCUGCAAAGUCAGAUGCAGUUUGGGAUCCUUUUACUUGCAGAGCUGAUGUGUAACGCAUUAGAAACGAACUCCUAGCCCCUCGAGCGUACACAGACACACAGACACACAGACACACAGACACACAGACACACAGACACACAGACACACAGACACACAGACACACAGACACACAGACACACACUCUCUGUUUAAUUACUGAGAGCACUGGGUUGAAAUUCCUGCUUGAAGUUGCAGUCUGGAAUGGUCUUGGAUGGCAUUUAGUGUUUGUUCCUCAGUUGCAAGGGUUGGGGUUUUGCUGGAUGGGAGGUGGAACAGGUUUUGGGACUUGAGUUAUCGAGUCCCUAUAUUAUCCAGUCAAAUACUGAUAUGAUAUUAGAAAUAAAAGAAAACAAAGAAAUACUCUUUACAUUUGCACUCUUUGUAGAUUAAGUGCAUAUGUUGUGAUAAAAAGAAUUAAAAAAAAUACAUAUGAAACAUAAAUAUGAAAGUGAUCAAGACUUUCACCUAGUCAUACUUGAUAAUAGAGAAAAAAGUGGACUGCUACUAGCUAUAUCCAUGUUAGCCCUUGAGAGUAGCUGUAUAAGUAGCUACUGCCAUACGUUUUCAAUGUAGGCCUGCUGUUUGUUGUUCCUAACAAAGGGCUACACACUACCAAGUUCACUAACCCACAGCUGUAUGACAAAUAUAUAUAUAUAUAUACAUAUAUAUAUAUAUAUAUAUAUAUAUAUAUAAACCAAAAAAACUCGUCUAUUACGAUGUCAUCCUUUCCUUUGCAUUCAUAUAUUUUUGCUUUAUUUCAUUAAGCUUGUAGUAGUUUUUAUUAUCGCCCUAAUUUGUAUGUAGAUGAGUAGGCAGUGUUGUAGUGGGUUUGAACGCAGGAGGUGCCCUGCCUUGAAGUGUGCCCCCUAUUGGUGGUCCUCUGUGCACAUGGAACAGCUCCCAGAGGCCCUGGUAGCAAUGGGAUUUUACAGGUAAGACUCUGGUGUGCACCAGGAAAAGAAGAGGGAAAAAAAUAAUAACAUGGGAUCCUAACACACUGUAAUAGUUCUGCUCUGCUGUAGGCUAGCUGUCUAACCCUCCCAUAUUGUACUGUUCCAUAACCUCCCCCGAUGAGCACAAUGCAACAAGACACCCUCUUCCUCACCACAUCACCUCCUGUGACACCUGUCAAUUAAAUAAAGCCUGUGCCCUCUCCACAGCUCCACCAAGGGAAGAAAAAAAAUAGAUUUAAGAAAACCGAUUUAAGAAAAAUCAUGUAGUCUUGAGUGUUUCAAAUUGUUGUGUUGAAACAUUGAAGCAGUUCACACCAUGCAGAUGUGCCUUGGGUCACUGUUACAUGUCCUUAUUUUUUGUUUUUUGUCGAUGAUGUAAUGCUCUGUGUUCUCCAACUCCCGGUUGGUGGGGCAGAAGGGAACCGCAUGUCACCACCCCAACCUCCCUCCCCAUCUUCUGCAGCGCUGGACCAGCCAUUUGUUUUUCAACGCCACCCUCGUUUCCCUCAGAGGAAGGACCGCAUCUAUGUCUACUCUCGGCAAAACUCUGCACAACCCCCCAGUCUGGAGAAUGUUCCCCUUGUUGUGAUUGUUUUUCUCUUCUUGUUGUUUUGUUGAUUUCUAUUAUGUCUAUGUUUUACUUCAUAGCAAGUAACAUUCUUUUAAGUUUAAUACGUUGUCACAUCAAUGUCAAGGAGUAGUGGAGCUUGAUUAUUAUUUUUAUUUUAAUCUCAGGUUACAUUGAUGAAGCAUCAACGAAUGCUUGCCAGAUAUGACACAAGGGUCAUGCCCAAUGUUACAAAGAAAAAAAAAACUGAGUAAAAUAAGUGAAAAGUG